CACUUGUGCCUCGAAGCUCUGGAGCAUCAUAGUGUUUGCCCAAGGAAUUAACCCACACGAAGGCUCUUCAAGCAGCCCAAACAUGCACUUUUACCAAUUUUAGCGACCCACCUUGACUGUCACCACCCAGCACCCACAAAAUAUUCCUUUUUGCUUUCGUAGUGGUAGCGUAUAAACCGCCUUCUAUCCAAGCGGCGUAUCUAGCUUCCUGGCAAUUGGGUCCGGCCAUGGCUGAACCGCAUCCCCUUGCUCACCAAGCUCUUGCAGCUUUUGAUCAGUCAAGAAUCUGGUCACAGUUGCCAGCAGAGCUGACAGAGCGGGUGUUCUCCUUUUUGCCAGCGAACGACGUUCCUUGCACCGUGAGGCUACUUAACAAGGCCGCAGCCGCGCAGUUUCGUGGCCCGCUCCACACUACAAUCCACCUAUCCUUACCUGUACCACAUCAUGCCUUCCUACGGCAAUAUGGCAAUGCCAGUGCUAUGCGGGGCCUGACGGUUGGGCAGCGUCAACGGCUUGUGUGCCUAACAGCGCGCAGCGGAAGCGUCCCGAACCUCAAGGUUGCAGCAGCCAAAACGGGGUGUCUUUUAACAGAUGAGGUGAUGGAACACGCUGCGUCGGCUGGGAAGCUGGAUGUGUGUCGAUGGCUCCUGCAGAUGGAGUGCCCCUACGGCUCCCCACUGAAAGCUGCAGCAGAAGCAGGGCAGCUGGACGCCUGCCGGUGGUGCCUCAGCAACGGCUACAACUGGACAGUCGAUGCUGUCGCUGCUGCUGGUCGUGGGGGCCACAUCGCUGUCGUGGACUUCCUUAUGAAGCGUUGCCCGUUCAAGCAGGCGGUCUCAGCCGUAUACUUGACCGAAAGCGAGGAAGAAGACCAGGAAGUUUUUAAGAAUUGGGAGCGACUGGAGGCAGCAGCCAGGGGCGCAGACCUGGCUACCCUGCAGCGUGUGAGGGCAGAAUCCCUUGGCUGGCUCGACACGGAAGGCGAUCCCAACGGCUCUAUAAAGCACCGGAUGACUCAAAUGCUCACGGCCAUCGCCUGCAGCCGCACGCCCGACUGGCAGGCCAAGGUGGAAUGGCUGGAGGAGGUGCAUGGCGUCCUCCGGAAUGGCUCUACCUGCCCGCAGGUAGCUGACAAGUGCGAGGAUGCGCUCGAUCGGCUAAGGUGGCUGCAUAAAAAGUGCUUCGUGCUGGAUGCACGUGUUGGCGACAACGCUGCCGCUCGCGGGCGCUGUGACGUGCUGGUGUAUCUGCUGGAGGAAAUCCCCCCGGCCCCCGAGCAGCACUGGGACCUGGAAGACUGGGUCUGGUCGGCGGCCCAGGCAGGCCAUCUGGACGUCCUGGUCCUGCUUCACGACAAGUACGGCGCUGUCUUGGACGGCAGCACCCUGAGGGGUGCAGUUGAGGGCGGCCAUGUGCAUGUGGCCAGGUGGCUGAUAGAGGUGCAGGGGGUGCCCGUCCCCCGAGACCUCCUCCUCACAUGCGGCGAGGUGGCGGCGCAGGUGGGGGGGCAGCAAAUGCUUGCCUUGCUGCAUGAGCAUGGGUGCGAGCUCAGUGAGUACACAUGGCUGGCGGCGGUACGGACGGGCAGCAUGCAGACGCUGCACUGGCUGCAUGAGCGGGGCUGCCCCUGGCACCAGAAGUCCUUCCAGCACGCUGCCGCGAGGGGGACAGAGGAGGCGCUGGAGUGGCUGGUGGAGCAGGGCUGCCCGCUGCCGGAGAGCGGGUAUCCGUAUCGGUUGGCAGCUGGCAAUGCGGAUAUGGCUACCCUGCGCUGCCUGCGACGGUUGGGCUGCCCCUCGGGUGGCGAUGAGGGAUGGCUGUUUGUGAGGUGUAUGGAGGAUUGCUGUCGGAUUGAGGUGCUGAGCUGGCUGGCUGCAGCUGGGUGUCCGGUGGACUGGAAGCUGACGGUAGAUGCCGUGGUGAAGCUCAGGCUGCCAGAGCCUGGGGUCACUCCCUCGCACAGGAGAUCCGGAAUUGCUGUGAAGGAGGUGUGGAACUGGAUCCAGCUGUGCAGCGAGGGGUGGUGGUGGGACGCGGGCUUCAGGUCGGCCAAGGAGGCCAUGGAUUACGCGUAUAGGGAAUAUUCACAGGAGGUCCAAGAAUGGUACAACUGCAUCUAGGUAAGAACGGGGAGCAAGCUUCUUGGGGGAGUAUUGGACGUGGCAAGGGAAGGGCGCGUGGCAGUGGGGGGAGGUGUACGGCUUAUGUAUUGAAAUGUGUUGGAAUCGAGGAGGGGAUAGCUUGUUGAAGGGAGACCUGACUGCCACGCAUGAAGGUGGUCUGGAACAGGGCAGCAUGCGUGUUGGCAAUCUCAUGCAUAGUUUGCUAUGAACAUGCUGUAGUGCCGAACGUGGUUGGGCCGAUGGGCGAUGUGAACAUGGCAGUGGGGGAAGGUACGGCUUGGUAUGCAGUGCAGCGGAGUGGAGGAGGGAGUAUGUUUGGAGUGGAGAAGUACUGAGCAGCAUGCGUGUUCCUACCCCUUGGUUUGUCGUGAACACAUGAUACGAUAGUACUUGACGGCUUGGGCUCAUGAUGGAUGGCUGUAGCGUAAUGCAUUGAAACACUUGAAAGGGUGACAAGGAUACCUACGAGGUACGAACGUUGGGAGGAGCCCCGCGCACGUACCGGUCAGGUCUUGACAAGCCGGAGACAGGUAGGACAUGCCUGGUUACUUUCAGCUGUAUGCCAACCACCUGCGGGCGUUGCUGGUCGUGCUACCUGGUAGCAUGGUGCCUACAUGUGAAUGGGCUGUUCAAGUACACAUGAACAGCUGCAGCCGAUUAACACAGUAGUGAGCCGGCGUGUUAGGGGGGAUGUCGUAUGUGGCGGGGGUGUGGUUUCACCCGUCGUGGUGGGUUCAGGAGGGAGGCAAGAAGAGAGGUUGCAUGGACAAGGGGCCUUCGGUCAGCUUAUGUUUCUGGAACCAAAGUAGUUACCAAUAUUGUUACAUGUGCACUGAAAGGACUGCAGCUCCAUUUUAUAAGUAUAUGGUUUGCUUUGCGCGCUUCACUGUAAACCAGGGGGACAGUUAGGCGCCAACGACCAACAACUGUCAGC